AUGGUGGCAACGACUCUCACAACAGGAUGCUCUCGAGGGCUAGGCUUGGCUCUUGCUGCCGAGUUCUCGAAGGCUGGUCAUCUGGUCUUUGCAACUGCUCGAGGCGAUCCCACUCCUGCCCUUGAAGAAUUGAUAAAGUCAUCUCCAAGCACUGUCAAGUACAUAAAGCUUGAUGCCACCAGUAGAUCGAGUGUACAAGAAGCGGAGAAGCAGGUUGCUGCUCUCUUGGAUGGCAAAGGUAUUGAUGUUUUAAUCAAUAAUGCUGCAAUGCUGACUCCUUGGUUCCUUAGGGACGAUCUUGAUUCCGUACUCAAUUCGAAUGUCACAAGCGCUCAUAUCGUCACCAGCACAUUUCUUCCCCUCUUAAAGCAGGGCGCUCAGAAGAAAGUCAUCAACAUGAGCAGCAGUGGUGGAUCAAUCGAGCGGUCCCCUGUUUACAGUACCAUGGCAAUCCCAGCCUACAAAGUUUCGAAGGCCGCCUUGAACAUUCUUACAGUUCAGUAUACACAGUCUUAUGCCGAUCCGAUGACGGGUUGGCUUCGAACUGAUCUAGGAGGCACUUCUGCAGAUCUCGAUGUAGAAACUGGCGCAAAGGCUGUUGUUGAACUUAUCGAGUCAAAUGGAAAAGAGUCGAAUGGCAAAUUUUUGAAUAUCCGAGUAGCAGGCUGGGAAAAGAAGGAGGGGAUCAACCAGUACGAUGGCGGUGUCUUGCCUUGGUAA